AUGACCGAUUAUACAUUGAUUCAACAUAAAAUGAAAAUGGAUCCACCAGCCUAUGAAGACGAUUUUAAAAGGUAUUACAGUCACUUCAAGUCAAGUGUUACAACUAUGCUCGCACAAGCAGAGCUUGGGAUGAGUGUUCCAGACACUGCACUUGAUGAGACAUUGAGAUUAGUUGUUUUCUUAAAUAACAUCAGUGCAGAGUACAAGAAAUAUCUUGAAAAUUUUCCAAGAGAAUUAAUAGAAAUGAUUAAAAAAUGUAAAUUAAAUUCACAGUCAAAAGUUACUAUCACAAAAGCAUUAAUUGGAUUGAGAAGUAAAGGGUUUAUGUCACUUGAAGAAAUUUUGCCUACGUUAUUAGAAAUGUUAUGUAUUAAAGAUAAAAACGUUACAGCAAUAGUUUAUAGAUUUAUUAUAAAUGACAUUAAACAUACUUCUCAACAAAAAGGAGGAGCAAAGAGUAAACAAUCAACAAUGAGAUUAUUGGAGCAAAUAAUUGAUUCCAAUACUAAUAUAAAAGUUGUAAAGAAAGUAGUUGAAAUUUUAGGAGAAUUGUUUACAAGGAAAAUUUUAAAGGAGCCUCGUGUGAUUAAUAUUCUUGCAAAUGCUAUUUUCCACAAUGACGCUAAAGUUAAGGUUAAAGCAAUGGAAUUUUUCCUUCGUUUAGAUGAAAAACAAGCAGCAAUGGAUGAUGAAACAAAAGAAGAAUUAAAACAAGCAGAAGAAGAAUUGAGAUUAUUAAAGAAAAAAAUGGGAAUCAAAAAGAGAACAGGAAAAUUAAGAGCAAUGAAAAAAGAAGCUGAAGACACCGUUGACAAACUUAGAAAGACAGAAGUUAUUGCACAUCAAGCAAAUUGGGCAGCAAUUGAUAAUAUUUAUGACCCAAUAGCAUUUUGUGAUAAGUUAUUUAGAGAUAUUAAAGGAUCAAGAAAUAGAUUUGCAGUAAGAUUAAUGGAAUUAGAUUUAUUGUCACGUGUUAUUGCUCGUAGAGAAGUUAUUUGUCUUCCAUUUUAUUCAUUUAUUGUUAGAUAUUUAUAUGUACGACAUGAAAAUAUCACUCAAUUAUUAGCUUAUACUGCUCAAGCUAUUCACCCAUUAGUACCACCAGAUGCAGUAGAACCAAUUGUACGAACUAUUUUAAAUAAUUUUGUAUCGGAUAGAAGUAGAGUUGAAGCUCAGGCACUUGGUUUAAACACUGUAAGAACAAUUUGUGAGAGAUGUCCAUUAGUAAUGAAUCAGUCAAUGUUGAAAGAUUUAACAAUGUAUAAAAAGAGUCACAACAAAGCUGUUGUUAGUGCUGCUCGUUCUCUCAUUUCAUUGUACAGAGGAAUUAAUCCAGAGCUUUUAUCUAAAAAGGAUCGAGGAAGACCUGACCAACAACACAAAACCAUUUUACAAUAUGGUGAACAAAAAGUAUAUGAUGGCCCAAUUGGAGCUGAGUUACUUGAGAAAAAAGAAAGUAGUGAUGAUAAUAUGAGUGAAGAGGAAGAUGAUAAUGGUGUUCAAGAAGAAAUGAACAAUAAAGAAGAGGAUAUGAACAAAGAAGAAGAUAGUCCAAAUGAUGGUGAUGCUGAUGAAUGUAGUUCUGAUGAGGAAAUUGAUGAUAAUUUAGAACUUGGAUCAUCUUGGGAAGAAUGUAGUGAUAGUUCAGAUUCAGAUGAACAAGAAGAAGAAGGUAUGAGCGAAGAAGAAGACGAGAAAGAAGAUAAUGGUAAAGAAGAAGAUGAAGAAGAUGAAAUGAGUGAAGAAGAUGACAAUGUUCCACAAUAUGAUGGUGGACUUUUAACACAAGAACAGCUUGAAAAAAUCCGAAGAAAACAGAGAGAGGAUGAAGGAAUUUCUUCUUCAUCAGAAGAAGAGAUGGAAAGAGACACAACUUACGUACUACCAGAGUCUUUAGAGGCGUCAGUCAAAAAGAAGUUAAGUCGAGAUGAAAGGAUUAAAAUCUUGAAAGAGUCAAGAGCAGAAAAUGAGAAGUUCCACAGAAAUAGAACUGGAAGGACAUCCAAAGUUCUUGCAAGAAAUAAACCAUUCUUAAUGAAGAGUUUCUCUAAAAAGCAAAUGAAAAAAGAAGAAGAUAGAAUUACAGGAGGUAAGAAAAGAGUUCCAAGAAAACAGUUUAGUGGUAAAAUCAGAAAAAGAUUUGGUAAAAGUGGUUUGAAACAAAAGUCUAAUGGUGGGUCUCGUAAAAAAUAA